UCACAAUAUUUAUCCUAUUUAUAUCAUUGUGAACAUCAUCAAAACGUAUUAUAUUUGCUUAAUUCACCAUCAAAUGAUGUCUUUAUCAAUCAAACAAUGAAAUAUAUGUAAUUAACAGCGCCUAAUCAUGUGAUGGUGAUGCUUCUAAUCAUCGAAAUGUCCUUGAGAUUUUUUUUUUUGCUGUUGUUAACUAAAUCAUUUUUUUAUUUAACUAAAUUGCAAAAUUCACUUGUAUUCAUUCGCGGUAGAUUUAUUUAUUGAUCAAGUAAUUGUCAAAAAAAUGUUUAUCAUUUUCAUGAUAACCAUAUCGGUAAUAUCGAUCGUAUCGAUAUACAUCUAUUUGGAACGUCGUUCAUUACGAUUAAAGAAUGAAAUUAUCAAUGAAAGAAAUGUUCCAUAUGUUCGUCUACAAAUGUUAUUGUUGGGUAUCAUAACUAAACAACGUUUUGAAUUAAUUCAACAACAAACAUUGCGUAAGGUUGGUCCUGUUUAUGCUGUUGAUCUUUUGGGUGGUAUACAAUUCGUUAUUGGUGAUCCUGAACUUAUUCAAUUAGUGUUGAGUAAAGAAUUUACAAAUUUUCCAAAUCGACGAAAAUUUGAAUUGGAUGAUUUAUUUUUUCGAAAUGGAUUGGCAAUGGUCCCAUUAGAUCGUUGGAAACGUUUACGAGCAAUCGUGGCACCAACAUUUGCUACAGGAAAACUUCGUCGUAUGAAACCAUUAAUUGAUUCAAUUUGUCAAACAUUAAUACUUAAUAUUGAUAAUCAUCAAGAGGAAACAAAAUGUUCAGUUUUCAAUAUAAGACACUUUAUCGGUUGUUUCACAAUGGAUACCAUUCUACAAGUGGCAUUUGGUGUUAAAAUCAAUUCAUUGGUGGAACCGAAUAAUGAAUUAGUGAAAACGGUGGUAAAAUUAUUCAAUCAAGAUAUGAAACUCAAAGAUAUUAUCGCUUUCAUGAUCAUUUUAUACAGUCCACGGCUGCAAAAAAUUUUUCGAAAUCUUCGACCAAAUGCAGCUCAAGUAGAUUUUUUUGAAAAAUAUGCACGUGAAAUCAUUGUACAAAAACGAAAACAAUAUGAACAGGAAAAAGGUUUUAGUAAAGCAUCGAAUUUUAUUGAAUUUCUUUUGGAAGCUGAAAACGAAUAUGCAGCUAUUCAACGAAAACAAAUGCAAAAUUCAGAACCAAACAAUGAUAAUGGUAAACCAAUCAAAUAUAUUUCAGAAGAUGAAAUGAUUGCCCAAUGUAUUCUGUUCUUUUUUGGUGGUUUUCAUCCUACAACAAUAAUGAUUAUGUUGGCUUGUUAUCGAUUAGCGUUGAAUCCGGAUAAAGAAAAAUUAGCAUAUGAAGAAGUAUGUCGUGUAGCAUCACGAUACGACAAUGUCCUGGAAUCGAUACCAUUCGAAUCAUUAGGAUCAGAAUUUGAAUAUAUUUGUGCUGUAAUUGAUGAAAGUCUGCGAAUGACGCCUGUACAAGUGAUCAUAGAAAGACUUUGUGAACAUGAUUGUGUUCUCACCACUGAAGAUGGCCGUUACAAUGUACCAGUGAAAAAAGAUGAAAUUGUUCAAAUACCGGUUUAUGCAUUACAUUAUAAUGAUGAAUAUUUUCCACAACCAGAACAAUUUAGACCGGAAAGAUUUUGUAAAAAAACUGCCGACAAUUUUCCCAAUUAUGCCUAUCUACCAUUUGGUUCUGGUCCACGUGUUUGUGUUGCCAAAAGUUUAGCUUUAUUAGAAGCUAAAAUGGCAUUGAUUUGGUUAAUCAAAAAUUUUCAUAUGACAAAAUGUCCUAUUCGAACAAAAGAUCCAUUAGAUUUCAAUUAUCAGGCUGGUAUGCUUGUACCGAAAGAUAUUGCUCUAAAAUUCGAACGACGACAAAAAAAUUGAAUUAUAAUUUAAUUAUAAUUCACGAAAUAAAAUCCAAUGCAAAACUUGAA